ACACACACACACACAGGGAGUCAUGGGAAGAGGUAGACCGACAGUCACAGUACUCUGUAGUGGUGUAGAGAGAGACGCAGGCAGCGGUCAGUAUGAGAGGAGAUAAGUUUACAGGGUGAGCUCGGCUGGUUGGCAGCCGUUGUCGUAUUCUUGGAGAGACAACCGUAAACCCGGUGGACGUCGAGGAGUCGUGGGACAGUCUGUGUUUAACGGGACGGAGGAAACAAAUAGAGAAUACGGACACCGAGCGGCGGCGGCGGCGGCAGGAGCAGGGCGAGUGUGAGGGCUUUGGCGGCGGUCCCGCUGCUAGCGAAACAUGAACAAAAACCACCGAGUGCCGAGCAACCGAUCUCUGAGUGCCGUGGAGGUGAAGAGCAAGUUUGGUGCAGAGUUUCGUCGAUUCUCUCUGGAUCGAUCGAAGCCAGGCCGCUUUGACGAGUUCUAUGGCCUCCUGCAGCACGUACAUCGCAUCCCCAAUGUGGAGUUGUUGGUCGGCUACGCCGACGUGCAUGGCGACCUGCUGCCCAUCAAUAAUGACGACAACUACCACAAAGCCAUCUCCACAGCUAGCCCUCUACUCAGGCUGUUUCUGCAGAGGAAAGAGGAGGCUGAUUACUCGACGUUUGGCACCGACUCGCUGACGAGAAAGAAAAACACAGUGCUUUCCGCGGUUCUUCUGCGGCCUGACGCCGCCAGGAAAAAAGCUCCGGUGAUCAUCAGCCUCCCUCGAGACUUCCGGCCCGUCUCCUCCAUCAUCGACGUGGACAUCCUCCCCGAGACGCACCGACGCGUUCGCCUUUACAAGCACGGCCAGGAAAAACCGCUGGGCUUCUACAUCCGUGACGGCUCCAGCGUGCGGGUCACACCACAGGGUCUCGAGAAGGUCCCGGGGAUCUUCAUCUCCCGCAUGGUGCCUGGCGGAUUGGCGGAGAGCACUGGUCUCUUGGCGGUCAAUGACGAGGUGCUGGAGGUGAACGGUAUCGAGGUGGUUGGGAAGUCUCUGGACCAGGUGACGGACAUGAUGAUCGCCAACAGCCACAACCUCAUCAUCACAGUCAAACCUGCUAACCAGCGAAAUAAUAUUGUUCGUGGUGGUGGAGGAGGAGGAGGAGGAGGAGGAGGAGGGGGGACGGCAUCCGGCAGCUCAGGACGCUCGUCAGACAGCGGCGCCAGCUACUACGGAUACUCAUCACACGGCGGGGUAGGUGCUGCUGCCUCCAUGCCAACACACAUCAUUCAAAACUUUCCUGUUGGGGAUCUGGACAGCGAUGAGGAUGAUGAAGAUCUGGUGAUCGACGCAAGAGGCGAGGCUGAGCCAAUCAGACGAGCCGCCUCCAACUACAGCAUGCCCUCGCUGCCUCGCUACGAGCCGCACUUAAACCUCCGGGCUGCUACCAGCUCCACUUCCGCCCUCUCCAUCAAUGCCAACGGGACCCUGCCAGCCAGCGGCAGCAGUGGAUCGCUAAGCAACACCAAUGCUACUUCGAGUACGCCCUCUCCUGACAGAGCAACAGAGAGGCGGAGUCUGGAGGAAGAUGGCACUGUUAUAACUCUCUAGACUGGGCAUUUACACUUUAAACACUGGGAACCACCUUAAUACUACUACACACACUUGUGGGAGUCACAGAUCAGAAAACUAGAUGAGGGAACAUCCUGGACCAUCAAACUGAGAAGCACAAUGAAAUGUGUACAUAUUUAGCCUAAAAAUUGCGCUGAAACCUUUUUUUUUUUUUUUUUUAAACAAACUUACAUGUCAAACACUUCACCCUAUGCCAAUGACCACGAGUGUGCCAUAGUGGUGACGCCCCCCUGACCCUGCAGGCGAAAAAAGAUUAGUGAAAAAGUAUAAAAUCCUCCAGAAGCACUUAUUUUUACUUUUUACUUCUUAAACUGUAAUUAUGUGAGCCUCCACUAGAGGGCAGUGAUGACAAAUAGUAUCCCAAACAUUUCCACGCAUCAGUCCAGUCCCAUAAAUAUAUGAAGGUGACGAUCAUGUGAACAGGUUAAUUCCACAUCCUAUCGUACUCACUCCCUGAAACAUUUCAUCUCACACAUUUUACGACAAUCUCUGGUUGUUUUUUGGCCUUAUCCUCCCACUCUCUCAGCCCUGCGCCGUACUAUGACCACCUCCCUUCCCCGGGUUGACAACAGCAACGUGAUUGGUUGCACGGUUGCGGUACUUUAAACUUGAUGGAGUGCCACAACGAUUGACCAAGUGCUGAGAUCUGCAAUAAUAGUGUAGCUUUUUCUGAGGAUAAACCACCUAAGAAACAAGUCUGGGUCCAUUUGUGACUCGGAUGCUUUUAACCACUGUUGUUAGCUUUUUCCUACUUUUACUUGUGUUAAUGACUGAUUGAUAAUGAAAGGUUGAUAUUUUCCAUAAUUAUUGGGAGCAAUAUAACCCCCCCUACCACAAAGCCUGCGUUUUAUGUUUUGUUUUUUUAACAAUGCAUAUACAGUAUAACACAAGUGACUGUAUGACCAGUUUCUAUUCGACCAAUUAGAAGAAGCGAUCCAUUUUAGAACCCUUCUCCUACCUGGGAGGAAAACAGAUUAGUAUCAAUUCUCUUUUCUUAUUUCCUUCACGUUACACUCUCCUGUUCUUUCACUAGUGAGGGCUAUCUCUUCUUCUGCACGUGUUCGAUUGACAAAAUGUGAAUGUGAUAUCGGUUGUUUAUUCUCUCCCUCCUUCACUCUGUCUAGACUGUGACUCGACAAACUGCAUCUCAUCUCAGUGAUGUACAUUAUAUUCAUCUGUGAUUUUCUUUUUCAGCCCUGAGUUCACUUGGAUGUGUUCUGAGACAUUCACAAAUGAAAAGUGUUCUAUCCAGUAUUUCUGCAACAUGUCUCAUUUUUUGUAUUUCCUUUCUUAUUGAUUUAAAAAAAAAAAAAACACUGAAUGAGAAUGUAAAACAACUGUACUCUGAAUAACUACUGUAUAUUGACCUCGGGUCUAAAUGGCUGAUCAAUAGCUGGACUGAAACACUCUAAACACAGAGUUUUAGAGUAAUUAAGUGAUACAUACAGUGAUACUUGAGAAACUGCUUGUAUGUCAACAUAAAGGCCGGUCUGAAUGAGGAAUAUUUAAACAAACACACAUGCAGGUACGAAUGGAUUCACGUUCUGUAUUUGAUAAAGGUGAGGCAGGUCUGUAUGACGUGGCUCUGCACUGUGAUACGCAUUUCAAUUAAAUCUUUCUCUAUUCUUGAAAGGUCCCCCAACGAGGCUGUCAGGAACUUCCUCUUGCCUAAAACUUGCUCAACUUUUAAAAAUGUAAAAAAAAAAAAAAAAAAGUCAUUAUUUCUUGUCAAAGUUGAACUUUGCAUUUUUUUAAAUACUGAAUUAAAACUCCUGACCCCUUUUGAAGUAUUUGAUUUUAGACUGUAUAAAUUACACUGACUGGACUCAUAGUGUUUUCAGAAUUGGAGUUAAUCUGAAUCUGAAAACAUUUAUUAUUUUAAUGCACCCCUAAAUCAAGAUUUAACCCAAUUAAAUUGCUGAGGAAGUUACUCAGCACCUCUUGUAUUUCUAUAAAAAUCAUGAAUUUGAACAUGUAUAAGGUUUGUUCUAUUUUGCCUUUCACGGUACACUGGAUGCUGGUGGGAUUCUGUCGUCUUUCAUUCCAAACAGUAGGCUGAUGACUGGUACUCUGAAUGGAAGACUCUUUAGAAAUCAUUGUUAAUUUAUUUGUCUUUAUUUCUAACUUUACCACAGGACACUGGGAUUGUAACCACGGCUACAUUGUUAUUUAUUCUCUAACCAUGUAUCUACAUAUUUCUGUCUCCUGUACACAUAUUAUGACUUUAUUUUUUAUAACGGAUGUGUUUUUGUUUAUUCAUGUUUGCUGAUUGGUCACAUGUUAUUGUCCAAUAGGAGAUGAUCUCUGCAGGUGAUUUUACUGUUCUGGCUGAGGCAACAGGAGGAUUGGUGCACAACAUGACUCUUUAGUUUUUUUUUUACAUACUGUGAAUUAAUCAAUAUUUGGAAUCAUAUUGUUUUUUGUGGGAGGGAAACAGUUGUAUUAGCACGACCUCAACACAAGGCUCCAUGUUUUGCUUUGUGUUACUUUUUUUUUUUAAUGUGAUCUAGCAAUGAUUUUUGCUUGCCAGAUAAAAUCUUAUGGUAUAGAUUUGUAAUGAAGAUUGUCAGUAUUUUCAUAUCGAUGAUAUAUAUGAUGUACAUUUUUAUCACAUUUAAUGAAAAUGUUACAACUGGAGAUGUAUGAGUGAUUUGUUGUACACCUGUAAUUGCUGAUUGGAGGACCCUGAUAAAAUAAACUAAUAUGUAGCAAUUUU